AUGGUGUCCCCAGUGAAAAGCAGAUUUAAAAUUAUCAUAAUCUUAGUUCCAAAAACUUCUCUGUUUAAAAAGGCACAUGGUCUAGAGGCGGGUUCCCCAGUUUUUUCGGUCUGUGCUGAAGAUGGUAGGGGUGAUGAAGAGAUAAAGAAGAGGCGGACGUUUAGGAAGUACUUUUACCGUGGAGUUGAUCUUGAUCAGCUCUUGGAUAUGAGCGUUGAUCAAUUGGCUGAACUUUACUCCGCGCGUAAACGACGUCGAAUACGUCGAGGUCUCGGAACCAAGCACAAGACUCUUCUUCAAAAGUUGCGAAAGAGCAAGAAGAACUGUCCUAUCGGGGAGAAACCGGCAGUUGUUAAAACUCACCUGCGCAACAUGAUCAUUUUUCCCGAAAUGGUUGGGUCCGUCGUUGGUAUAUACAAUGGCAAGACGUUUAAUCAAGUAGAGAUCCGUCCAGAAAUGAUCGGUCAUUACCUAGGUGAAUUUUCAAUCACCUAUAAACCUGUAAAGCACGGUCGCCCUGGUAUCGGUGCUACCCACAGCUCGAGAUUCAUUCCUCUUAAGUGA